AUGAGUUAUCAGAUACCAUCAUCCCAGAGUCGCACGAUGUCUCACAGUAAUUAUGGUGGGUCUGACGUGCCCAUGGCACCAAGCAAGGAGCAGCAAACCCUUAUGUGGCAGCAGAAUUCAUACUUGGUGGACUCUGGUAUCAACUCUGGAGCUGCUACUCAGGUACCAUCACUUACUGGCAAAGAAGAUGACGAGAUGGAAGGAGAUCAACUCAUGUUUGAUCUUGAUCAAGGUUUUGCACAAGGGUUUACCCAAGAACAAGUUGAUGACAUGAACCAGCAGUUGUCACAGACACGCUCUCAACGUGUCCGCGCUGCCAUGUUCCCUGAAACUCUAGAAGAAGGUAUAGAGAUCCCUUCCACACAGUUGGACCCCGCCCAGCCGACUGCUGUGCAGAGACUGUCUGAACCAUCUCAGAUGUUGAAACAUGCCGUUGUUAAUCUUAUUAACUACCAGGAUGAUGCUGACUUGGCUACAAGGGCCAUACCUGACUUGAUUAAGCUCUUGAAUGAUGAAGACCAAGUAGUAGUGUCACAGGCUGCCAUGAUGGUCCACCAGCUAUCAAAGAAAGAAGCAUCUCGACAUGCUAUUAUGAAUUCUCCACAAAUGGUUGCUGCUUUAGUACGCGCCAUAUCUAACAGCAAUGAUCUCGAAACAACCAAAGGAGCUGUAGGAACUCUGCAUAAUUUGUCACACCAUAGACAAGGUUUGCUUGCAAUUUUCAAGAGUGGUGGAAUUCCAGCUCUGGUCAAACUUUUAAGCUCUCCAGUAGAAUCAGUACUGUUCUAUGCUAUAACUACUCUGCAUAAUCUCUUAUUGCAUCAAGAUGGUUCUAAAAUGGCUGUCCGCUUAGCUGGAGGUUUACAAAAGAUGGUUGCUCUGCUUCAAAGGAAUAAUGUGAAAUUCUUGGCAAUUGUCACUGAUUGUCUGCAGAUAUUGGCUUAUGGGAAUCAAGAGUCAAAACUUAUCAUUCUUGCCUCCCAGGGACCUAUUGAACUGGUCCGCAUCAUGCGUUCUUAUGAUUAUGAAAAGUUGCUGUGGACCACUUCCAGAGUUCUGAAGGUGUUGUCAGUCUGCUCUAGCAAUAAACCAGCGAUAGUCGAAGCCGGCGGCAUGCAAGCUCUUGCCAUGCACCUUGGCAACCCCAGUGGCCGCCUGGUGCAGAACUGCCUGUGGACUUUACGCAACUUGUCCGAUGCUGCCACUAAGGUGGAAGGUUUGGAAGCUCUUCUUCAGAGCUUAGUACAAGUGCUUGCCUCCACCGACGUUAACAUUGUGACUUGCGCCGCUGGAAUCUUGUCCAACUUGACUUGUAACAACCAACGCAAUAAGGUGACAGUAUGCCAGGCGGGCGGCGUGGACGCGCUGGUGCGCACCGUGGUGUCGGCCGGCGACCGCGAGGAGAUCACCGAGCCCGCCGUGUGCGCACUGCGCCACCUCACCUCGCGCCACGUCGAGAGCGAGAUGGCCCAGAACGCCGUUAGGCUGCACUAUGGAUUGCCGGUAAUAGUGAAGCUCCUGCAACCGCCGUCGCGCUGGCCGCUGGUGAAGGCGGUGGUGGGGCUGGUGCGCAACCUGGCGCUGUGCCCCGCCAACCACGCGCCGCUGCGCGAGCACGGCGCCGUGCACCACCUCGUGCGCCUGCUGCUGCGCGCCUUCAAUGACACGCAGCGGCAACGCACAUCGGUGCCGGGCGGCGGCGGCGCGGGCGGCGCGGGCGGCGCGUACGCGGACGGCGUGCGCAUGGAGGAGAUCGUGGAGGGCGCGGUGGGCGCGCUGCACAUCCUGGCGCGCGAGGGGCUCAACCGCACGCUCAUACGCCAGCAGAAUGUCAUACCGAUAUUUGUGCAGCUGCUGUUCAAUGAGAUUGAGAAUAUACAGCGCGUGGCAGCCGGCGUGCUCUGCGAGCUGGCCGCUGAUAAAGAAGGCGCCGAGAUGAUAGAGGCUGAAGGCGCUACGGCCCCGCUCACUGAACUGCUGCACUCGCGUAACGAAGGUGUUGCGACGUACGCGGCCGCCGUACUCUUCCGCAUGUCCGAAGACAAACCGCACGACUACAAAAAGAGACUCUCCAUGGAGUUAACCAACUCACUGUUCCGCGACGACCAACAGAUGUGGCCCAAUGAUCUCGGCAUGCAACCUGAUUUGCAAGACAUGCUCGGGCCAGAGCAAGGGUAUGAAGGCUUGUAUGGGACGCGACCCUCCUUUCAUCAACAAGGCUACGAUCAAAUACCGAUAGAUUCAAUGCAGGGCCUGGAGAUAGGUAGCGGGUUCGGUAUGGACAUGGACAUGGAGGCGGACGCGGCCGGCGCCGACCUCGCCUUCCCCGAGCCGCCGCACGACAACGCCAACGUGGCCGCCUGGUACGACACCGACCUG